UGUGUGACGUCAGAUGUAAACACCAGCAGCACCCAUGGCCUGUUUGUCCUCCUCUCUCUGUCAGCUGAGCAGAAAUGUUGCAAGUCAAAAACCGCAUCAGAUACAGCUCUCCGGGUAUCGCCGCUGCAAAGCUGUUCUCCUCCGGUCCCUCCACUAACCCGGCUGUGUUCAUGGACAUCGAGGCGGACGGUGAACCGCUUGGAAGAAUAACCAUUGAGUUGAAUGCAGAUGUAGUGCCAAAGACUGCAGAGAACUUCAAAGCCCUGUGCACAGGAAAGCACGGCUUUGGAUACAAGGGAUCUGUGUUCCACAGGGUUAUACCUGAGUUUAUGUGUCAGGGAGGAGAUUUCACAAACCACAAUGGCACAGGAGGGAAAUCUAUAUUUGGGAAAACAUUCAAGGAUGAAAACUUCAAAUUAAAACACACUGGUGCUGGAACGCUCUCAAUGGCCAACUCAGGGCCAAACACAAACGGCUCCCAGUUCUUUAUCUGCACGACUAAAACUGAAUGGCUCGAUGGCAAACAUGUGGUGUUCGGGCAGGUGAAGGAAGGACUGGAUGUGGUGACGAAGAUGGAAUCCUUUGGUCUACAUGACGGCGGCGUGAUCAAGAAAAUUGUCAUCACUGACUGUGGGGAGAUCAAAUGACAUCAAAGGUGACACAUGGACUUCUGUCAGAUGACUCACUAUGCCAUCAUUUAGUAUUUAAUUAACUUUACCACUGGAUCCAUGGAGGAACUGCCAUCGCUGAUUGAAUUCCUGUUUUAAAUCUGACGUCAAAUUGUUGUCAACGGUUUAAAAGAUCCACUUAUUUAUAAUCCAAAAAAUCAAGUUAAAGAUGUUUUUGUUUUAAAUGAUAGUAAAAAUGGCAUGACUGAGAGUUACACUGAUUCAUUCUAAUCUUCAAUACAGAUAUCUUACUUUUCUAACUUUUUCUAACCAGAUCUACUUUGUGUACACAUCCAAAGUCCUCCACUAUGUAAAAUGUUCUUAUUGUGCAAUUAUUCCACAUUUACUGCCCAUUAAAAGCCCGUUUUCAGAUUUUAUUA